UGCAUUUUCUCCUAAAGCUCUGACUCAAAUAACAUAGCACUACUCCAUCGCCAUGAUGUUGCCUUUAUCCUCAUGCAGGUACACCCUUGAAGAGCAGAUGAGUGAUAGGAGGAGUGACCACCACCCUUUUCCCUUCAGUCCACUGGUUUGCCAAAGUCACGUGAAUUAUACUCAGGGUUAAUUCAAAUCACUGUGGUCAGCAGCGGACUGGCAACCCAAGUGGUCACUCAUCCCAGAUCUAUUUAUUUCAGCUUAAAUAACCAAACCCCACUAACUUGGACACCACCAUGCUCAGCAGUAUGGACAUGCACAUUUAAAGGGAGAACAGCAUGCAGACACAAGAACACACCUUUGUCUCCAGAUGAUAUAUGCCCUUGUCUCUGUGUGCAAGUAAUACUGGUUCGAUGCUUGUGUCACCAAGUGACUUAAGGCUAGUUUGGAGUGAGCAGAGAAGGAAGUUUCAGAGUCUUUGAUCUUUCACAGGCAAUGCACUUGUUGGCUCUCCCUUUUCCCUUGUAACGAGGGAUCUUCAGACAAGAACAUCUUUACUUGACCACAGUUGUGGCAGGCAGAAAGCGGCGACUCUGUGUUGCGGCAGUCAUGCACAGUUAGCUGUCUUUUGUGAAUGGUGUAUCUCAGUCUUGGUUUAGCCUGCUAUAUGAAGGAAACAUGCACAGCAAACCGAAAAGGGCCACUACCAUGGACACUGUGGUCAGAGCACCAAAUACAGAUGGUUCAUCACCCUGGAGGGUCACUGCAUAGAGAUGGGCAGCUGCAGGAGAAGUCCUAGAAGGAGCCUAAGUGACAUUGAAGAUCUUAACACAGUGUGAAGCCUUCCCUGGCUGCCUAACUGCGAAAAUCAUAACAAUUUUUGGUUAUGCUGCCAUACUGCACUUGAUUGAGGAGCAGAGAUGUCAUGAAGCUGCCUGGAAAACUUGGGUGCUCCCAUGUACCUGGCUACACUCUCCAGCAUAAACCAGCAGUUACGGGGGGGGGGUGUGGUCCCCUCCAUCUGACACAUGUGAGACCACAUCUGGAUGCUGUGUCCUAUUUGGGGCCCACAGUGCAAGACAGUCUCCAACAAACUGGAGUGAGUCCAGUGGAAACCACCAAGAUGGUCCAGGGGCCUUGAGGAGAUGAUGGUUGGGAAGAGGCUGAAGGACCUGCUCACCCUGGAAAGGAAAAGACUUAGGGGACAUCCUGGGGCCCCUUUCGGCUAUCUAAAAGACAUUACCCCUCCCUCAAAGAUGCGUUGCCAAAAUGAUUGCCAACUGAGACAGCUCUGCCUUCCACCUCCCACCAUCUUGGUGAAGAGUUUCCCCAUGAAAAAAUAUGUGGAUCCCUGUGGCGCUGUCUGUAACAUCCAGAGCUUGCCUCGAUGUCUGGAUCCCUGCUGCUAUGCUAGGAUUCCUCAGGGCACCACCACUUAUGUGAACCUGGGUAAUCUUGAUGUGACACAGGCUGCGGGGUGCAUGGAUCCAUGCUGCCUCGGAGUCACCACAUGUGUUCAUUCAUGCUGUGAGGAAGUGUCCAAGUGCACCACCACGUGUGUAGAUCCAUGCUGUGAGGAAGUGUCCAAGUGCACUACCACGUGUGUGGAGCCCUGCUGCAAGGAAAUGACCAAGUGCACCACCAGAUGCGUAGAUCCGUGCUGUGGACCUGUGACCAGAUGUGCCACCACAUGCGUGGAACCAUGCUGUGGGCAAGUGACAAAGUGCACCACCACAAGCGUUGAUCCAUGUUGUGGGGAAGUGACCAAAUGCACCACCAGAUGCAUAGAUCCAUGCUGUAGUGAGGUGUCCAAGUGCACUACCAAGUGUGUGGAGCCCUGCUGCAAGGAAGUGACCAAGUGCACCACCACGUGUGUGGAUCCAUGCUGUAGUGAGGUGUCCAAGUGCACUACCACGUGUGUGGAGCCCUGCUGCAAGGAAAUGACCAAGUGCACCACCAGAUGUGUAGAUCCAUGCUGUGGACCUGUGACCAAAUGUGCCACCACAUGCGUGGAGCCAUGCUGUGGGCAAGUGACAAAGUGCACCACCACAUGCGUUGAUCCAUGUUGUGGGGAAGUGACCAAAUGCACCACCAGAUGCGUAGAUCCAUGCUGUAGUGAGGUGUCCAAGUGCACUACCAAGUGUGUGGAGCCCUGCUGCAAGGAAGUGACCAAGUGCACCACCACGUGUGUGGAUCCAUGCUGUAGUGAGGUGUCCAAGUGCACUACCACGUGUGUGGAGCCCUGCUGCAAGGAAAUGACCAAGUGCACCACCAGAUGUGUAGAUCCAUGCUGUGGACCUGUGACCAAAUGUGCCACCACAUGCGUGGAGCCAUGCUGUGGGCAAGUGACAAAGUGCACCACCACAUGCGUUGAUCCAUGUUGUGGGGAAGUGACCAAAUGCACCACCAGAUGCGUAGAUCCAUGCUGUGGAGGUGUCACCAGAUGCACCACUAAGUGUGUGGAUCCAUGCUGCGGCAGAGUGACCCAGUGCACCACCAGACGCGUAGAUCCAUGCUGUAGAGAGGUGACCAAGUGCACCACAAGGUGUGUGGAUCCCUGCUGUGGAGGAGUGAUGAAGUGUGCCACCAGGUGUGUGGAUCCGUGCUGUGGACAUGUGAACAGAUGCACUACUAAGUGUGUGAAGCCAUGCUGUGGGCAAGUGACAAAGUGCACCACCAGAUGCAUGGAUCCCUGCUGUGGCGGAGUGACCAAGUGCACCACCAGAUGCGUGGAACCCUGUAGUAGUGAGAUGACCAAGUGCACCACCAUGUGUGUGGAGCCCUGCUGUGGAGGUGUGAGUGAAUGCACCACCAUGUGCGUGGAUCCCUGCUGCAAGGAAGUGACCAAAUGCACCACCACAUGCAUGGAUCCGCGCUGUGAGGAAGUGACCAAGUGCACCACCACAUGCAUGGAUCCAUGCUGUGGGGAUGUUCAGGCUGUUACGAAGUGUGUGGAUUCCUGUCCCACCGCCUGUGUUGCACAAGGCUCCCCCCUGUGUAUGGGUGUAUGCACCUCUGGCUGUGGCCGGCACUACUCCAUCACAUGCGCAGAUGUCUGCUGUCAUAAAUGCAUGGCUCCUUGAGAGGCUGCAUGAGGGGCUCCUGUGGUGGGAGCUGCAAGGGGAUCCCACUCUGCAGUGCCAUUGCCCUGUGGAGUCUCCAAAGGCUAAGGAAUGAAAAUGGUUUGCAGAUCCUUGCACCUGCCAGCGUCUUCCUCCCAUCCUUGCUUCCCUAGUGCCCUUCCUGUCCUAGGAAGAGUAAAUCCUCAAAUGGUUUUCCUUACGUUCUGCAUCAUUUCUGCUAUAUUUACCUCAAGAACAAUGCCUUUCCUUGUAACAUGUAACUAAUUGAUUUUGUGCCCCCAGGAAUAUUGCCUGGGAGAAAGAUUCUGUAAUUCUUCUUCGCACUGAUGUGGAUGGAGGAAUUUCCCCAUUUGUUCUUUCCUGUGAUCUUCUUUUCCUGUAUGAAGCAAUAAAAAA